CCUGUCCGCCGACCUGUCCCCUUUGCUUCGCGACGAGGGAAGAAAGCAGAUAAAAAGCGGAGGAAAGGUGAACUUUGGGAGAGAGGAUCGGAAAGUGGUGUUGGCGAACAGAGGACAAGAGAGAAGAGUACAGUGAAGGCUAAGAUGGAGUUUUUGCCCGGUUGGUCUGCAGUUACCUGGACCCUGCUAGUCCUCUUCUUCACUCUUUUUAUUAUAUAUGGCUUGUGGCCAUUCCGGUUCUUUAAAAAAUUAGGCAUUCCUGGACCUCAGCCUUUACCCUUUAUUGGAACAUUUCAUCACUAUAGAAAGGGUUUCUUCAAAUUUGAUACCGAGUGUUUUCAGAAAUACGGAAAGUUCUGGGGAAUUUUUGAUGGAAGGCAACCUGUUUUAGGAAUCAUGGAUACUUCAAUGAUAAAAACUAUUCUAGUGAAAGAGUGUUAUUCGGUUUUCACAAAUAGACGGAACUUUGGAUUGAAUGGUCCCUUGUACGAUGCUGUUUCAAUUGCUGAAGAUGACAUCUGGAAACGAAUCCGCCAUGUGUUGUCACCAACAUUCACCAGUGGGAGACUCAAAGAGAUUUUUCCAAUCAUGAAACACUACGCAGAUAAUCUUCUACAGAAUGCUCAGAAGAUCUCAAACACCAAGGAACCUGCCCUGAUGAAGGACCUGUUUGGAUCAUACAGUUUGGAUGUUGUAGCAAGCUGCUCCUUCAGUGUUAACAUCGACUCUAUCAACAAUCCUAAAGACCCUUUUGUGGCCAAUCUGAAGAAAAUGAUUAAAUUUAGUUUUUUUAAUCCAUUGUUUUUACUUUGUGCUUUCUUCCCUUUCCUAAUUCCACUAUUUGUGAAAAUGAACCUGUGCUUCUUUCCUCCCACGGUGCUGGAAUACUUCUAUGACUAUCUUCGGAAGAUCAAAGCAGAAAGGGAAAAAGAUGUGCAUGAUAAUCGAGUAGAUUUCCUGCAGUUGAUGGUCGACUCUCAAAUGAAUGAUAAAUCUGAAUCUGAAAAAGGUCUGACAGAUCAUGAAAUUCUCUCACAGUCAAUGAUAUUCAUGUUUGCUGGCUAUGAAACGACAAGCACGGCCCUCUCUUUCAUGUCAUUGAACCUGGCUACCCAUCCUGAUGUAAUGAAAAAAGUCCAGGAGGAGAUUGAUAAAUUCCUUCCAAACAAGGCUCCUGUGACAUACGACGCUCUCAUGGAAAUGGAAUACCUGGACAUGGCAGUCAAUGAAUCUCUGAGGCUCCAUCCACCAGGAACACGACUUGAGAGAGUCUGUAAGAAGACCAUAGAGCUGAAUGGGGUAACUAUUCCCAGAGGAACAGUGUGCAUGAUUCCUGCCUUUAUUUUACAUCGAGACCCAGAACACUUUCCAGAUCCUGAAGCUUUCAAGCCUGAAAGAUUUAGCAAAGAGAUGAAGGAAAGUAUGGACCCCUACGCAUUCCUGCCUUUUGGAUCUGGACCUCGAAAUUGCAUUGGGAUGAGGUUUGCCCUCCUCAUCAUGAAAGCUGCCAUAGUUCAGCUGCUUCAGAAUUUCGACUUUGUUCCCACUGAGGAUAUGCAGUACCCUAUUGAACUCAGCAUCAAGGGAUUCCUCCAGCCGGUGAAACCCAUCACUCUGAAACUUGUACCCCGGGCAAUGACGAGUAGUGAAGAAUAACUGAUGGAAGAAGAAAAAUGAGCUAGUAGUGUGUUUUGGUACAUUAACUAUGUUAUUGAUGGGUUUAUGUAUAAAGUUUUUUUAGCCAAUUUGUUGCACAUUGCAAUACAAAAUGAAAUCAGUCCAAUUUCUCUGAUAGGCAGGAAAGCAUUUGUAAAUAUCAGUGAGACAAAACAUGCAUUCAAAGCAAUAUAAAAGUAUAUAAUAAUCAUACAUUUAUAAACAGAUAAUUACUUUCACCUCUUAAAUUAAAAUUAAAUAUAUAUAUAUAUAUAUAUGUGUGUGUGUAUAUAUAUAUAUAUAUAUAUAUAUAUAUAUAUAUAUAUAUAUAUAUAUAUAUAUAUAUAUACUGUAUAUAAACUAUAGCAUGUACUUAUGCACUGAACAUAUUUCCUUUGUUUCCUUAAAUACUGCUGCUGCUCAUUUUCUCCUAAAAUAUUCCAGAUGAUCUGUCAGAAAUAUAACAGCAACAUCAUGACAGAAUGAAUUCUUUUAAUGAGUGGUGAUACAGAGACUGGCCAGAAAUUAGAUAAUUUGAUACUGGCUGGUAGCAAUACAUCCAUCUCUCUUCAUCACAAUGAUACUUUUAUAUUCUUAUUUUGUUGGCAUACCGGUGAUCUUAGUGUUGUUAAGUGGUAUUAAUCUUAGGGUACUUUGGUGAAAUACAUUCAUCUUAAAUAAUCCAAUGAUAACAAAUAAUUUAAAAACACAGUACGUUGUUUCUUAAUAUUUUGAGGGGAACUCAAAUCCAAGGAAAAUGGGGCUCAAAAAAUCCUGAAUCUUUACAUUUAGUGUAAAUCUACUGUACAUUUUUAGAAGACUGUCUAAAUUACACAUUUUACUGUCACAGUUAUUCUACUUUUGUUUCGUCUUAUUUAGGCAAGACAUUUUUUUGUUUGGAAAAGAGUUGUAAUUUUAAGACAGUGUGUCUUUGAUUCUAAAGAUCCAUAGUACUAAGGUGAUUAUUAGUGAAUGAGUCAGCAAUGUUUUUAUUUGUUUGUUGUUGUUUUUUUAUACAAUGUCGUACAGCAGAACAUCUCCAGUUGAUUUAGAAGAACCAUGUUUGUCAGAUUGAUCUGGUUUUAAAGAUAAAGCAAAAUAAUUUAAACACUCACUUGACUUUAUUUUUCUAUUUAUGAUUGGGAACUUCUUCCCAUUUCUGAAAGGGUUUUCCUGUGGGUACUCCACUUACCUCAAACUGUGCUUUCUAGAUUAACUGCCAAUUGCAAAUUGGUCUUUUGUUAAUGCGAGGAGAUGUGGGUGUGUGUGUGUGUGGGCCCAUCAAUGUCCUGGAACUCAAACUUACAAAAAAAAUGUGCACUUGGGUGAAGAACACUGACAUAAAACUGUAAAAUCCAGGAAUGCAGAGACCCAGACAGACAAACUUACUGCUGUUAUCAAUGCAAAAGGUGCUUAAUUUAAAAGGAUGUACACUUACAUAAUCAAAGCAUUUGUUUUGUUUUUUUUCUUUAUUAUUAUAAAAAAUGAUGCACCUAUAUCUCACUUAAAUAAUGUUGGUUACAAGAUCUUAUUAAAGGUUAAAAAGUUC